UCUAAGGAUUCUAAGAAUGAUUGUGCUGAUGACAUGUGGCUACAAAAAUAUGUUGUAAUGUUUCUCUUUUAAUAUAUAGGGGAUAGUAUGCACCUUGAGUUCGAUCCAUAACUUGGUCUUUGGCAGCCUGUUGAUACAAAGUAAAUUAUUUGUGCCUGAGUCCUCUCAUAGCCUUCGCAAGGCACUGGAUGGAGUUUACAUGCUAUCUAGAUGGGAACAAAUAUAUUGAAAAUGAGUAAAUCAAUGUCAGUCAAAAUAAAUUAGUUAUCAAGAAAAUAACCUUUAUGUAAAGAUUGAGUUAGAUUAAGACUAUUUUCAAAGAGAUUCUAUUUUUUCUUCUAUAAUUUACACAAAAAUAGAAUAAUUUUAUUAUAGCGUAAUUUUUGCUUUAAUGUUGUUAUUCUAUAAUAGAAUAACUUUAUUAUAGAGUGAAAUAUAGAUGAAUGUCAUUUUUUCACUCCAAAUAUUUCAUUCUAUAUCAGAGUCACUUUAUAAUAAUCACGAACCUUGUUGUAUAUGUACAUUCUUUAAAAAAAAAACCCAAAAAAAAGAACCAUUGAUAUAUAUGUACGUAACUAAAAAUUAAAGUAGGAGAAAUGGCUCAACUCAAGAAUUAAAAUCGCAGAAACCUAUAGUGAUAUUUUAACCAACAUUAAUCGCAAACUCAUUUGCUUUUUUGCUCGUCUACAAAGCCAAAAAAGCAUAUUUGCGAGAAGGAAUCUGAUGCGGGAAAACUAAACAUCUCUCUCACAUUGAAAUCGAGCUCACGAAUCUCUCCUCGAAGAUCUCCAUCGCUAAUCUUGAGAUUCUACACUGUCUCACUUACAGGAGCUGAGUAAUUAUUUGGCAUCGGUUGAUGUAAGCCUGACGUGUUGGGAGCUAUUUGGGUUUGGUUGAGUUUAGUUUCCCCCAACCAUGUUCGUUCAAAGACCCGUUUUUCUAGGGUCUCUCGUGUUGGGUUUCUUCCUCUUCUUCGUAAACGGGCAAAAAUGCUCAAAGUCUAGCUCUUUGGUCGGGUACGAGUCCGAGUUCAGGAUGUUGCAGCACCAGCUCCGUGGGGUUUUCACCGUUCUUGAUGAUUGUUCGUUUCGUGUUUCACGUUUCGAUAUGCUCUCUGGUUCUGAUGUUCAUUGGUGGGGUGCAAUGACCUCUGAUUUCGAGAACAUGACUGAUAGUGGCUUCGUGAUCUCUGAUCAUAAGCUUAAUCAAACGUUCAAUAACCAAUCUUUCGUCGUCCGUUUGUUGGAUAAUGUUACGUGGGAUAGUAUAGGAGUGGUUUCGGUUUGGGAUUUACCUACUGCUUCUGAUUUUGGGCAUGUUCUGCUCUCCAAUGCUACAGAGCAAGAUUCGUCUUCUUCAAAAUCUGAAUCACCUCCUUCAGAGAGUAAAGACGCUGCUACUCCCGGGAAAUCGAAUAACAGUGAGCCCUUAAAGGCUCCUACCAUGUUUGAUAAUUGCAAGAAGCUUUCUGAUAAGUAUAGGCUCAGGUGGAGCUUGAAUGUAGAUGAAGGUUAUGUAGAUAUUGGUCUAGAGGCUACAACUGGUUUACUGAACUACAUGGCGUUUGGUUGGGCUAAGCCGAACACUACCUCAAACCUUAUGUUGAAUGCUGACGUUGUGAUUACUGGGAUCAGGGAGGAUGGCUUCCCUUUUGCUGAUGAUUUCUACAUUACGAAGACGAGUGUAUGCUCUGUCAGGGAUGGUUUUGCUGCUGGGGUUUGUCCUGACACUGUGUAUGAAGGAUCAGAUGCAGUUGGCUCUUCGGUGAAUAACACGAAACUUGUUUACGGGCAUAGGAUAGAUGGAGUUUCGUUUGUUAGGUAUAGGAGGCCGUUGAAUGAUAGUGAUAAUAAGUUUGAUUUUCCUGUGAAUGCAACUGAGAAUCUCACGGUUAUUUGGGCGCUUGGGGUGAUAAAACCACCAGAUGUUAUCAAUCCUUACUAUCUACCUGAGAAUCACGGCGGUGUGGAAUCGGAAAACUACGGGCAUUUUUCGCUUAGUCUCUCUGAUCAUGUGGAUGAGUGUUUGGGACCAUUGGACGCAGACAACAAGUAUGAUCAAGGUGUGAUCAUUGCUGAUGCCAACGCACCUCUUGUUGUCACGGCUGGACCAUCUGUUCAUUAUCCGAACCCUCCAAACCCUGCGAAGGUUCUGUACAUCAACAAGAAAGAAGCACCGGUGCUGAGAGUGGAAAGAGGUGUUCCUGUGAAGUUUUCAAUAGAAGCAGGACACGACGUCUCGUUCUACAUAACUUCAGACUUUCUCGGUGGGAAUGCUUCUCUAAGGAACAGAACAGAGACGAUCUAUGCGGGUGGGCAAGAAACUCAUGGAGUAUUGUCGAGUCCGUUAGAGCUCGUUUGGGCUCCUAAUAGAAACACACCUGACCAGCUCUAUUAUCACUCGAUAUUUCAAGAGAAAAUGGGUUGGAAGGUUCAGGUUGUGGACGGUGGACUCUCGGAUAUGUACAACAACAGUGUUAAUCUAGAUGAUCAGCAAGUAAAGUUCUUUUGGACAAUAGUAGGUGAUUCAAUAUCGAUUGCAGCUCGUGGGGAGAAGAAAAGCGGCUAUCUCGCAAUUGGUUUCGGCAGCGAGAUGACAAAUAGUUAUGCUUACGUUGGCUGGUUCGAUAGAAACGGAACAGGGCACGUAAACACGUACUGGAUUGAUGGAGAAUCAGCUUCCUCUAUUCACCCUACAGUCGAGAACAUGACAUAUGUGAGAUGCAAGUCCGAAGAAGGGAUCAUCACUCUUGAGUUCACCCGUCCCUUGAAGCCUUCCUGCAGUCAUCGAGAUAGACCCGAGUGUAAGAACAUGAUCGAUCCCACAACUCCUCUUAAAGUGAUAUGGGCAAUGGGUGCUAAAUGGACAGAUGGUCAGUUAACAGAGAGAAACAUGCACUCGGUUACAAGUCAGAGACCUGUCCGUGUCAUGCUGACGCGUGGAUCAGCGGAAGCGGAGCAAGAUCUCAGACCGGUCUUGGGCGUUCAUGGAUUCAUGAUGUUCCUCGCUUGGGGAAUCUUGCUUCCUGGUGGGAUAUUAUCUGCUAGAUACCUGAAACACAUCAAGGGCGAUGGCUGGUUCAAGAUUCACAUGUAUCUUCAGUGUUCAGGACUAGCCAUUGUCUUCCUCGGUCUCCUCUUCGCAGUAGCUGAACUCAACGGUUUCAGCUUCAGUUCGUCCCACGUCAAGUUCGGUUUCACAGCCAUAGUUUUGGCUUGCGCUCAGCCCGUGAACGCUUGGCUAAGGCCGGCGAAGCCUGCUCAAGGGGAGCUAAUGUCUUCGAAGCGACUAAUCUGGGAGUAUUCUCACUCGAUCGUUGGUCAAUCAGCUGUUGUAAUAGGAGUUGUUGCGCUAUUCACGGGGAUGAAGCAUUUGGGAGAACGGAACGGAGCAGAGAACGUAGACGGGCUUAACUGGGCACUCGGGUUAUGGGUGUUCCUCGGAGUGGUGACUGUUGUGUACUUGGAGUACAGGGAACGAGGAAGAAGAAGAGCGAGGAACCUGAGCAGAGGGAACUGGGUCUUGGGGAAUGUUGAAGAAGAUGAUUCGACUGAUCUAAUAGAUUCAAGAGGAGGUUUCAGAGAUAAAGAUGAUGAAGAAGGUAGAAAUGGAGGGAGGAGUGAGAUUCAGUUAGAGCCGUUGAAAUAAUAGUAACUUUUUUUAUUCAGAUCAUUUUCCUUUUAUUUUUUUUUUCUCUUACCGGACAAAAAAAGAAAGGAAGAACAGAAGUUUUGUCUUUUACGGUUUAAUACUUUAUAAAUGCAACGGUCUGUAUCUAUGCAUAUUAGAAUUUGUAUACAUUUGAGCACAUUUGUGAUUUAUACUACACAAACCAACUGUGAAGGCCU